AUGCAACCUGGCAGGGUGGUACCGGGAGAGACGCUGGCCACGGUCGGCAUCUCCCCCGGUCCCGCCCCACUAGUAUGGCGGCUCAUCUGCUCCAGAGGAUGCUCGGGAACGUCCUCCUCCUCCUCUGCUCCCUGCCGAGGAGCUCUGGUGAUGGCUUGGCCCCCGCUGCUGGCGGUGGCACAGACUGGAAAAAAAAAUUUGACUCCAGAGCAAUUCUAUGAAAGAGAAAAAGGAACUGAACCACUAUUUAGUGAGAUCUGUCUGAAUAACACAGAAUCGGGAAUAUACUACUGUGUGUGCUGCAAUGCCCCACUGUUCAGCUCAGAAAAGAAGUACAAUUCUGGGACUGGAUGGCCGUCAUUUUCUGAGGCUUAUGGUACUCGUGGCAGAGAUGAAAGUAAUACCAAUAUCAUGAGACGACCAGAUAACUCAUCGGGAUCAAUUAGAACUGAAGUCAUCUGCAAACAGUGUGACGCCCAUCUAGGCCAUGUGUUUGAUGAUGGUCCACCUUCUGGGCAGAGGUUCUGUAUCAACAGCGUUUCAUUAAACUUCAAACGAGGCUCUGGUCAGUGA